GGAAGUAAAAAAUUAGCACUGGAGCAUAUUGCUUGGAAUGAUUGGCCCGAUCGUGGUGUGCCCAAUAAUUUCUUGGCACCCUUUCGACUUUUACAGCGAAUCAAAAAUCAGGCACAUGUUGUAAUUCAUUGUUCCGCAGGUAUCGGUCGAACAGGAACAGUAGUUGGUCUGGAUAUAGCAGAUUCAAUGUUCAAUGAUGGUAUGAAAGUUACCAUGCGUGAUGUAGUUCGAGAACUUCGUCUUCAACGUCAUGGCUCCGUACAAACUGACAUUCAAUACGUUUACAUACAUCGCUGCAUUUUAGCACUUUCGGAAAAUCGAAAACUCAUUAAAAGAGAUGAAAUUGCGAGUUUUUUAAAAGAUUUUGAUGUACUUGCACGUCUUCGUGGCGGUCCGCCAUCUCUAGCCAAAUAG